AUGGGAAAUAGUUGUGGCAAGUCGGAGAAUUCAGAGAAUGGGUGCUUUCUGUGUUCAUUGUGCCUGGGUGGGGCUGAAUCUACUAGUAAGGAAAUUAGUAACACAGACAUUUCGUCAUCUGCCAAAGAGCCUGAUGCUCAAGCCGUCCAAGAUAAGCCCCCACAAAUGGAGGUGAUAGUUAAAGACGGCACUAAACCAGAAGGACCCACUAAACCGGAGCCAGUGACCAAGGCGAGGGAAGAAACUAACCCAGCAGCGCAAGUGAAGGAAGUGAUCAAUCCAGUAGAACCCACAGAGAAAGAGAAUCACCCAACAGAAUCUACAAGAGCCGAGCCAGUGACAAGAGCACUAAGGCAAGCCCCAAAACAUGCAGAGACUAGAGGACGGAAGAAGCCACAUAAUGUCAAGAGAAUGUCAUGUGCAGGGCUACAGGUAGAGUCUGUUUUGAGAAGAAAAACAGGUCGUCUGAAAGAGUACUACAAUUUGGGGCAUAAACUAGGACAAGGGCAAUUUGGGACAACUUUUCUUUGUGUGGAGAAGGCAACAGGAAAGGAAUAUGCUUGCAAAUCCAUAGCCAAGAGGAAGUUACUGACAGAGGAAGAUGUGGAUGAUGUGAGGAGGGAAAUUGAGAUCAUGCAUCACUUGUCAGGCCACCCAAAUGUUAUAUCAAUUAAAGAAGCAUAUGAAGAUGCUAUGGCAGUUCAUGUUGUGAUGGAGUUGUGCACAGGUGGUGAGCUUUUUGAUAGAAUUGUCAAGAGGGGACAUUACACAGAAAAAAGGCUGCUGAGCUUGCUAGGACUAUUGUUGGAGUAA